GUGGUCGUCGAUAUCGGUUUCCAAUGUAAAUUGCAUGUUUCUGUUGGUUAUAAAUAGCCAGUUCCAAGUCGGUCUAGCAGACCAGUGAUGCCCGAAGGAGAGCAAAGGUGAAAUAGACAAACUUACGGCGGAAGGAAUUACGUCCCGAUUACAAAUCCCGUGUGUAAACCCAGUUGAUCCUGCAUCCGGAAUACACGCACUAUUGGAAAAGCAGUUUAAAUGAACUCUGUCACGGUUUGUUGCAGAUAGCAAGUAGAGAAUCAGAUCAUCAUGGAUUGGAGGACAUUUGCUAUGUUUCUUGGUGCCCUUGUGAUGUCUACUGCCGCACCUUUGGAGAACAAGGAUCUUGACAUGACUGGUUUAGGUGAUAUUAACAACAUGUGUGAAGGGGACGAAAUAACCUCAAAGAUGUGUUACCAGUGCAAGUCCUUUGAUAGCCUGAUCGGAGUAACCUUCGAGGCGUGUUGUUCGGAUAAGAGGACGUUUAAGUUCUGUGAUGCCUGCAUGAAUGACCCAGACUCUUGCAGGAAGCUGAUGCGGGAGAUUGAAAAUGCCAACACUUUCUCUGAGGACUAUUACGACGCUGAAGAAGACAAUAAUCAUGUUACCGAUGACACGUACGCAAACCCUGACAAAGACUUGUUUGACAUGCAAGACGUAAAACCAGAUUUGACUGUUGAUAAACGAUAUGGUCGGUUGUUUGUACAGAGUCCGAAACGGUUUGGUCGUGUAUUCUUUGGAGAACGGGGCGCGUUUCGACAGGUGAGGCCUAUUGAUAAACGUUAUGGGCGAGUGUUCCUUGGAUCUGGAGGUUACUUCGGUAAGAGGGAGUUUGACGAAGACAGCGAGGAGGACGACCAAGAUAUGCCAAUAGAUAAGCGGUACGGGAGACUCUUUGCGACAAAAUAUUUCAAAGCAAACAGCCAAAAGAACCAUUGGUUUGGAAAGAGAAGUUUUGCAGAGAUUCCGUUUGAUGAGAGCGUCCCCGAAAAGAGGUAUGGUCGAAUCUACUUAGGAAGAAACAAGGGUUUGUUUGGCAAGCGAAGUUCCUUCGACGAAGAAACCAGUGAAGAGUUUUCUUCAGAGAAUGAUGACGUUGACCUGCCAAUGGAAAAGCGUUUCGGACGUUUGUAUAUGAACCGGAUGAAUCUGUUCCGAUACCGGCCUUACGACAAGCGAUACGGACGUCUGUUUACUGGGCCACGUCGCCAGUAUUUUGGUUAAUUGUAUGUAAAUACAUGUGCCGACGUGAAUGAUCAUUAUCGUGGUAUCAGAUAUUGUAUUGUGUUCACUUGCGUAUCUCUUCUUCUUAGAAUUUAUUACUGGUAAUCACAUUAGUACUAACAUUUAAAAUCAUUCACUAAAUAAACAUAAAUUUCUCACCAAAUGUUCCUAAAGGCUUACUACUUACAUAUAUAUUUGUAAAUAUUGCAAAAUAAAAACAAAUAUAAGCUUAUUAUAUAA